AUGGAUCAGAUCAACCCUCUCUUGUUUGCGGAUGACUAUUGCACCCUUUGCGAACUGAGUUUCGAAAAUCGCCGAGACUUUACCAAGCAUUGCAAGAAUGUUCACUCGCUACAAUGCCUUCUCUGUGACCGAAAAUAUGAUUCGCAGCGCGCCCUGGACCAACACUACCGCGAUUCAAUCGUGCACCCGCAUUGCGAGUGUGGUGAAGGAUUCCCAGACAAGUUCUCGCUGCAAGCACAUCUGCAAGCUGGCCACAAGGACGAAGUGUCCGUAGAUCCCUCAGAACCCGCCAACAACCCUGGAUCCACGCAUGCUCCGUUGCAACCGCCAGGCGCCGCCCAGCAUCGGUGUGCGCCCUGUAACAAGACAUACGGUUCUGAGAAGGCACUCAAACAGCACUACCGUGACUCUGUACUACACCCGAACUGCCAGUAUUGCGAGGAAGCGUUCUCCGGCGUCGAUGUUCUCGAGCACCACGUCGUCACGAUGCACGCCGCAGAGCCUUCUUCAGAGCGCCUACCCCACUCUGUGCCGGAGGAUAGCUUCAAGCGCGGACUCCGCUGUGAGCUGUGCAACCGUAAGUACGUAUCGGAGAAGGCGCUCGAUCAGCACUAUCGGGAUUCGCCUCGGCAUCCUACUUGUGAACAUUGCGACGCAUCUUUCCCCGACUUACGAGCGCGCGAGGCUCAUGUUAUAGAAGUUCACAAGGCAGGUCGGGGCAAGCAGAACACGCCCCUGGCGUCCGACAUCGGCGUGGGCGCACGGCCUGUAACGUAUCGUGAUUUGCAUGUGGUACAGGAGACGCUCGCCUUGUUCUUAGGGAAUGAGCAAUGGAAACAUCAGGGUCCUGAGAUGUUGCUUUGCUCCGCGUGCCGUGUUGCGUGCGCAUCCGUUGUCAUGUGUGUGAGCCAACAUAUCCUUUGUGAGAAGUGCGUGCCCAACGCGGCUCCAGCAUGCCCUACGUGCCACUCGGAGCUUUCGCGUCUUUCCAUAUCUCUGAGAUAA